AUGAACUAUAAUGAAACAAAAGGUGGUGUCGAUAGCUUUGACCAAAUGUGUCAGAAUAUGAACGCUGGCAGAAAAACACAACGUUGGCCAUUAUGCUCGAAACCCUUGUCUCGUUUUCAAUUCAUGAUACGUUUACAAGAACAACUAUGUGAAGAUUGGAUGAGAUCAAGACYUUCUAUUCCCACAUUGCCGACAAAUUUGAAGAAACAUAUUGAAGAUAGUUUAGGAAUAAAAGACACAGUUCAACUACAACCUCAAGAAACAGAAGAUGGAACAUCAAUCAACAAAAGAAAAAUUUGCACUUUUUGUAACUAUAAAAAAAGGCGAAUGACAAAAACUCAAUGUGCAACAUGUAAAAAACAUAUUUGUGGAGAACAUCAAAUAGUAACUUGUCCAAUUUGUAAUGCUAAAUAA